CAAACCCAGCAAUUUAAAUUCCCAAACAAUCGUUUCCCACAAUGCAUUAGGCCUAACCCAAGAUGGCUGCGCCCAGGGCAUUUUCCAUUUUCCGCCGGAUUCCCUGUAAUUUUGGUGCUUUGAAAAGAGGAUAUUGCUCUGAGGUUACAAAGAAAGGAGUCAUUCUUGGCGUGUACAGCAAAGAAGAUGAUAAGGAAGAAGGUUUUAUCUUCACCAAGGCAGCAGAAGAAGUCAACAGCAGGGUGUCAGGUCGCCUGCAGGAGCUCUUAAACGUAGCUGGGCCAACCAUAAAGCCAGGCCAAGCAAAGAUCCUCUAUGAUGUGAAUCAAGAUUUCAGCUGCGUGGCAGUUGUGGGUCUGGGCAAGCAGUCGGCAGGGUACAGCCAUGUGGAGCAGGUCAACGAGGCCAAGGAGAACAUUCGAGCUGCGGUUGCCGCCGGCGCCACCCAGCUCAGGGAGUCGGGUGCCAAGUGCAUCAGCGUGGACCCUUGCACUGAUGCACAGGCUGCUGCAGAGGGAGCUAGCCUGGCUCUGUUCUCCUACGAUGAGCUGAAGGACAAGAGCAAGAAGAAACCCAAAGUGGAGCUGGACAUACUCGGCGACCCAGAACUGUCUGCCAAGGACCAGUGGGCCAGGGGCCUGACCUUGGCCGGCAGCCAGAACUUUGCCCGGACACUGAUGGAGAUGCCAGCCAACCGGCUGACGCCCAGGCGCUUUGCCGAGAUCACAGGCGAACAGCUGCGGAUCACCAAAACCAUCGUCACUAGAGCACAUACCCAGCAGUGGGCUCUGGAACAGGGCAUGGGCGCCUUCCUUAGUGUUGCCAAGGGCUCGGAUCAGCCUCCGAUCUUCCUGGAGAUGACCUACAAUGGAGCAGACCCAGAGGUCAAGCCACUUCUCCUGAUCGGCAAAGGGGUGACCUUUGAUAGCGGCGGCAUAUCCAUCAAGCCAGCCCAAAACAUGGAGGCCAUGCGAGCCGACAUGGGCGGAGCGGCUGUGGUUGCCGGUGCACUGGAUGCCAUAGCAAAGUUGCGGCUGGCCAUCAAUGUGGUCGCCAUAACACCACUGUGUGAGAACCUCUUGAACGGAUCGGCCAACAAGCCGGGGGACGUCGUCAAGGCGAUGAAUGGCAAGACGAUACAGAUCGAUAACACUGAUGCUGAGGGGCGUCUCCUUCUGGCUGAUGCCCUGUGCUACGCCUGCAGGGAGUUUGAGCCCAGGGCUGUGAUUGACCUAGCAACACUCACAGGAGCGGUGGAUGUAGCCUUGGGUUCAGCCGCUACGGGUACCUUUUCUACCUCAGAGACCCUGUGGUCAGACCUUCAUCAGGCCGGUGUGGAGACCGGCGACAGGCUCUGGCGCAUGCCCCUCUUCCAGCACUACUCCAGUCAGAUGACUGAGAGCCACCUGGCAGAUGUCAACAACAUUGGCAAGCAUGCAAGGUCGGGGGGAUCCUGUACCGCAGCCGCAUUCCUGAAAGAGUUUGUUACGGUUCCGGAGUGGGCCCACCUGGACAUUGCUGGAGUCAUGGAAAACAAGGACGAGAUUCCUUACCUCGGCAAAGGCAUGACAGGCCGACCCAUGAGGACGUUGGUUGAGUUUGUGGCGAAGAUGGCCGGCCAGUCUUAAACGUGCCAACGGAAUGUCCAAGAAGAGAAUGCUGAAUCCGUGUGAUCACAGAAUGCACAUAGUGCAUAAAACCAACAUAAUUGCUUUGAAUUGUGUAAAUAUGCCAUGCAGAAAUUUUUCUUUUCACUGAGGCAAAGCCAGAAGCUAAAGGAAUGUAGAAAGUUCCAUACACGUGGAUCACCAAAGGCAGCCAUGUUUUCCGUUCCACAAGUGAAAGCAAAAGCAAUCAGUGUCAUGGAGCGUCACCAGAAUUUUAUCUGGAGAGGGGGGAGGAGUAGAACCCAUUUUUUCCAGGGGAAAAUUCAGUAGUAAAUCAGCUAUGAACUGCCAAACCAUUUACAGUGGGCAGGGGUGGGGUGGGCAUUGUUGAGGGUUCUGAUUGGAAAUUGCUGAUUUCAUCCUCUUUCAAUUUUUUUUCUUUUUUUUUCUCUCCCCCCACCCUUUUGUUUUCGGGGGGACACACCCCCUUGCGAUGUACAUGUACAUGGUCAGUGUUUGUGUUUUGAAAGCCUCAUCCAGAACUCCUAUGGUUAAAGAGACAUCCGUUGCAUGAUUCUAAAUCAUAUUUAAACGGUUUCCUCUUUUAAUUUAUAAUUCACUGAAAAAUCCAUUCACACUUCUUGAUGAAAUGUCUGCACCGAACCUGGAACAUCAAGUCAUUGGCGAACAAAGUUUGCACAGUUGCACAAUGUGCUUGCAUGCAUGCAUAAGUUGGAACCAGUGGUCACUGUCAAGAACAUUAUUUUGGUCACUGUCAAGAACAUUAUUUUGACCUUGAAGCAGCUUGCAGCAAAUUGCAAACUCCAUGUGACAUUCAGCCAGUGAGGAAAACAAAAUCCACAUGUAUGCAUGAGGUAUUUAAGGAAACAUUUGUGCACGCACAGAUUAAGCAACUCUAUGAAGUAUUCAGUCGAUUUGCAUUGAUAGAUACCGUAACAUUGACCUGACAUUUAGCACCGACAAUUUGUCAAAAUUUGUCUAUACUCAUCCCACCCAUCACAUUGCCACUUGAGUGGGCAUAUAACUGUGUUGUAGUCAUGACCACCACAAUACCAUGCACAAGACAAGUGGCAGGUCAAUGGGGGGAAAAUGACAAAGGAAUGCUUUUGUUGCAGUUCAUUUGGAUAGCUUGUGGUGGUCAGUGGUGGUCUUGUGAAGGUCUUAAGUGGUCUAGACUACAACACUGGCAUAUACGAAACCUCAGUGUGAAGUCAGAAACUUUGUCGAUUGAUUUCAUAAAGCUAGUUUAAAUUAUCACCACACCCAGUGGUGCAAAUGUUAGUUUAUUCUAAUUUCUUUUUUCAGUACAAUCAUAAUUGACAGGCAGACAUUACGAACUGCUCCUUUUAGACUGUGUGCUUGAACAUAGAUUGUAGCAAGGUGCACCAAUUUUAUUCCCCGAACAAUGCAGCUGUAAUGUGGUCUAAACUAAAAAAAAAUAGGAAACUUAGGGUCAGUUUGCGUGAUCAAACGUUUUGUGUAAACCAUCAGGAACUAACACACAGAGCUCAGUGAAUAGCUCUUUGUUCUCUGGUAUAGUAAGCUGUCCUACAAUAUGAAAGUUUAAUAUUAUAUUAAAAACAGAAAAUACAAUGCCUUGUCCUAUGAGAGAUAUGCAUAGUAAAAACAUCACUGUUUGUGCAAGUGGUACUUCAAAGAUACAUAUUUACAAAAAUUAGCCAUCAUUUUAUGGGACAGUUGGCCGUAACAAUGAUUAGGUAAAGUGCUUACCAAGUGGAUACAAAGAUCUGAUCAAGUUUUUCAGUAUUCACUUAAUUUUCAUCUUAUCUGUUAAAAGUUUGAAGAUCCAUGUUGUCUGUUGUGCCAACAUUAUAUAUCAUGCCUAAAUAUAUGGUUUCUAGAUAUAUAUAUUUAAAUCUCACAUCAAAUUCUCUCAUUUUUCUGUUCAAAAACAAACUGAAAGCAAUCAAGCAAUCAGAAAUCACCAGGAGGGCCAAGUAUCUGAGAAAGUGAUAAGAUGUAAUAUUCACAGAAAUGAGAACAAUAGAUCUCGAAUGUAGUCAGAUUAAAUGGUUACCGCAUUUGGUAAGUUCCCCAUUUUAGUUUGUCAUUCCAUGCGUUCUUUGGAUUCUCAUCUUACGUUCACUUUCAUAGAUUCCUUAUUUUGUUUUUACCAAUUGAUAACGUGAAAUAAACAUGUACCGCUAAUCAUGAUAUUGAGAGAG